GGGGGCGGCCACAUCUCGUGCGUAAGUGGUUCCAAAGUCAAGACCGCUCCAAGCCGGACCCUGGGGCUCCUGGGCUCUUAUCAGUGAUUAGCCAGUGACGAAGGCAGGCGGGUUAUCGCCACAUUUGACCAAUAUUUGUGCCUCCUGCCGCUGCCCCUGUGGCGGUGAUUCAAUUCGAUUGAAAGUAUUAUACGUUCCAGUGACUACUGAUUACUGGCGAGCGGAAAGUGUCGAAUUUCUCGCAUCAAGAGAAGGUUUCUUUGUUGCCCUCCCAUCGGGGCUGACAUCAGUCAACAACUGUGCCUCGCACCGAUCACAUCUCUCUAUAUAAUUAAGACUCUACUAUAUAUAAACCGGAGCUAAAGUUAGGGAAAUGUCAAUAAAAUUGCUAAUCUGUGGCCUAUGUCUGUGCCUGCUGCAGACAUCCGUCUCGGGGCUGGCCUUCGCCCUGGGCAAUGUCACUCUGUUUAAUGUCGACUUCAAGCCGCCCACGAUUGCGAAUAAGUCCCUGGAGAGAACUUUCCGAUUCGAUCUAGAUCCCAAUAUAAAGGAGGAUUCUCACUUGAGCACGGAUGGUCUCAUACACAAAUAUGGUUAUCCGGCGGAAAGUCACACCGUGCAGACUGAUGAUGGCUACAUACUGACCCUGCACCGGAUAGCUCGUCCAGGAGCCACACCCGUGCUCCUGGUCCAUGGCCUGCUGGACAGUUCAGCCACCUGGGUGAUGAUGGGCCCCAACAAGGGACUAGCUUACCUGCUCUUUGAACAGGGCUACGAUGUCUGGAUGGCCAAUGUGCGCGGUAAUACAUAUUCGCGGAAGCACGUGAAGUACAGCACACAUCAUGCCAAGUUCUGGGAUUUCACCUUCCAUGAGAUGGGCAAGCAUGAUAUCCCCAGCACCAUCGACUAUAUACUGAACUUGACGGGUGCUAGGCAGCUGCACUAUGUGGGACACUCGCAGGGCACUAUGGUGUUCUGGAUCAUGGCCAGCGAGCGGCCGGAAUAUAUGGAAAAGAUCAUCCUGAUGCAGGCCUUGGCCCCGGUGGCCUUCCUCAAGCACUGCCGCAGUCCUGUGGUUAAUUUCCUGGCCCAAUGGCAUCUAUCGGUGGGCUUGAUCCUCAAGAUGAUUGGCGUCCACGAGUUUCUGCCCAAGAAUGAGUUCAUCAGCAUGUUUAAUCAGUUAAUUUGUGACGAGACCACCAUUACCAAGGAGAUCUGCUCCAACAUGAUCUUCCUGACCACCGGAUUCGAUAAGCAGCAGUUGAACGAGACGAUGCUCCCUGUGAUCGUAGGUCACGCUCCCGCCGGUGCCUCCACCAAGCAGAUGCAGCACUACGGACAGCUCAACAGAGCCGGAGUUUUCCGGCAGUACGACUACGGCUGGCUGAGGAAUCACUGGACUUAUGGCACCAUCGAGCCUCCGACAUAUCGUCUAGAAAAUGUCAAGGCCAAGGUGGCCCUCUAUUAUGGCCAGAAUGAUUGGCUUUCUCCGCCCGAGGAUGUGGAUAUGCUGAACAGCCGUUUGCCCAAGGUGGUGACCAAGUAUCUGGUGGAUGACAAGGACUUCAAUCACCUGGACUUCAUCUGGGGCAUUGAUGCCAGGACCUUGCUGUGGGACCGAAUGCUGGAGAAUAUGAGGGUUAACGAGAAUUCCGUCAUCUAAUGAUGGUUGGGAUAGGGGCUUAUCCUAACGUUUAACAGUAUAUAUUAAUGGGGCGAAGGCUAUAGCUAUUAUUAAGUAUUU